AUGACUAAGAGCGAAGAUGAACUCAAGCUGUUGCAUGAAGAGAUCGUACGAUCUGUAUCUGGAACGUCAGAAGAUGAGAUAGACAUUGUUCUUACAUGGCUUCAGCCUGAAUUCCAACCACAAAUACCAACACUCCGGAUCAAACAGUGUUUGAAGGCACUAUUAGAGCAUAUGGACGAAAAGACGAGGUAUAUGAUACAAGAAUACUAUAUGACGAUGAUACGAACACAUUUUUUUACCCACUUCAAGGAUAUCGUGCACUGGAAAGAGAUGAUGAAGCUCGAGAAGUUGUAUGUUUCGAAAAUGGAGUUUUUAUUUGCUGGCGAUUACGACUCCGGUUCCGGGUCUGAGACGUAUUGGAUUAACAAUGAGAUGAUUCUGUUUAAGAGAAUGCUCAUGAAACAUAAUUCAGUAUUCAGGGACAAUUACCAAGCGAAGCUGGAGGGUCUGAUUCUUGAUGACGAUUUGGAACGGUUCGAACAGAUGUAUCAGUGGCUGGCACCUGCAUGUAACGGUCAGGAGAUCGAGUUCAAUGUAAAGAUAAUUAAUUUGAAGGUUGAUCAGCUAUCAAAAAGAAUGAUGCAGAAAAGGAUGGACGAUCGGUAUCUGGUGAUGAACACUUACAACUGUUUCAUCAAAACGUUUUGGUCCAAAUUCUCCAAACUGUUGAUAAACCAAGAUGACCACGAGUUGACAACAACCAUUUACCAGUCGUUUGAAAACAAUUUCAUUUGGUACAAGUGUGAUGAGUUUUAUACGGAUAUUGUACCAAGUUUUCCUGAAUCGCGGAACUGUUUGUUGGAGUUCAGAAGUAUUCUCAAUAAGGACAUUAAGAGUGUGGGUACAAAAGUGUUAGAAACCUUAUAUCACGGAUUUGUAUCAAGGUUUCUCACAUCCAGUCUAUUAACAUGUGAGAUAUUAUGUUACUAUAUCAAAACGGUCAAGUGUCUAAAAAUUAUCGAUCCGAUGGGCAUGUGCCUUAGGUCGCUAUCAAAGGCUGUCAGGAAACAUCUCAACUCUAGACCUGAUCUCAUUAAGAUAUUGGUGAUAGGACUUUUCCCCUUCAAGAUGGAGGAAGGUAUCCAGCUCUUGGCCAGCACUGAUAACAGCCUGGUGCAUUACCAAAAGUUGGAGCAGUUUUCGAAGGAGCUUGGCGAUUUUUCUAUGGGACCAGAACUGCCGCAGGCGCUACCAUGGUUCAACCAACAGCACUUACCCAGAUGUACCUACACGGGAAAUGACGAAGUAUUGCUGCAGUAUUUGAACUGGGUACCGAACCCGCCAAAGAUAAAACUAGACGUAGAGAAUUUCGAGGACGCUGACGCUGACGAUGACAUUAAAUAUGUGCCGCCAACGGACAUGAUACAAGUUCUACUAGACAUUCUCAAAUCAAAAAGAGCGUUGGUAGACGAUAUCUUAGGAGUCUUGAGCACGAAGUUCAUCGAAGCUGAAGAAUAUACAUUGGACCCAGAAUGGCAAAAGAUCAUGGAUAUCCUAUUGAAUCACUUGGAAGUCACCAGACAAGGUACAGUUACCUCAGAAGAAGAUGAUUUGUCGCAUCUAAAUGACGUCGAGGUAAUGCUAAAGGACUUGGCACUCAGCAGCGAGCUUCGUACCCAACUUUCCAAGACGAACAGCCCAUUUUUCCAGCGUUUCCCCCACAUUAAAAUUCUUUCCAAGUUGUAUUGGAGACACUAUCAAAACACAAACGGGAAACUCAUAACAACAAGCUACAAAUGGAACAACCAGAUGAAGCCAUUGGUACAAAAUCUCAACAAAGUGUAUGAAAGUCUAAAUAUCGGAAGAACUCUAAAGUUCGAUGCUGGUUCUAGUAGUCGCGUCACCAUGAAUUUGAUCAUGAAGUCAGGUUACACAAAGAAGUUUAAGGUGAAAAUGGAACAGUACUUGGUUCUAUCUCACUUCCAAGAUGAAAGUGACCAAGUAAUGCCCGUACCGAUCCAGCAUUCCUUGAAAUCACUCCAGGUUUUGACAAGAAUACCAACUGAAAAGCUUCAGGACAUCCUAUCGUUCUGGGAACGUCACGAAGUUCUUGUGCAGGACGCAAACGAAAUAUAUAGAGUCAACGAAUGA